UUGACUAAGGAAAACCUAAAGGAAGACAAAAAAUCGCGCCCGGAACCACUAGUGAGUGACGUGAUCAUGUAGAUCUAGGCUACCAGGCGCCAAGUCUUUCUGUAGGAGAUUGGGAACGAGAUGGAGGUGGAUCAGGAGAGCGACGACGGUUCAGAGAACGUUUCACUAGAAAUGCUAGCUGAAACAUUGAAUUCUGCUGCCCAAAACGACGAAAAUCCUUGGCCACAUUUGAAAGACUGCUUUUCAUUUAAAUUCAAGAGGGCCAACAGUAUCAUCAUGCAAUGCCAGAUGUGUCUGCCAAAGGUGACUGAACUGGCAGCAUUCAAUAACUCCACAUCUAAUCUGCGGAAGCAUGUUUUGAGGAAACAUCCAUCUAAGAUGACGGCUUUUAAUCAUGCAAAGAGGGGCCAUCAAACCCCAAAUCCACAAGCACCAAAACCAAGCAAGCAAGCGAAAAUAUCAGAUGCAAUGUCAGUGGGAGGCAACCGCCGUGUGACACAGGGAAAGAUCGACAAGCUCAUUAUUAAGUUAAUUUGCGAGGGUCUUCAUGCAUUUUCUUUAGUUGAACAACCUGCUUUUAAAGAGCUAGUAGUGACACUCAAUCCCCACAUCAAGGUCAUUUCCAGACCCACAGUCCGGACUAGAAUAGAGGGAUCUGCUAAUCAAAUGAGGAAAAAUAUGAUAUUGGAACUUAGUGAAGUCAGCUAUGUUGCCACCACCACAGAUUGUUGGACAGCGCACCAGCAAAGUUUCAUUGGGGUAACAGCUCAUUGGAUAGAUGAGGGAACCUUAGAGAGGAGAUCCGCUGCACUGGCAUGCAAGAGACUAAAAGGGUCCCACACCUUUGAUGUCGUUGCAGGUGCACUUGAUGAAAUACACUGUCAAUAUCGAAUAAGGGGGAAAGUGGUAAGAACCACCACAGAUAGUGGCUCGAACUUCAUUAAAGCAUUUAGUGUGUUUGGUGAGCAGAGCCAGUCUGAGGAUGAAGAAUCCGACCAAGAUUCUUCUGAGGAGGCCCAUGUCAACUACCUAGACACCUGCAGCAUCCUGGAGAAAGACAAUGGUUUAGAGUACCAGCUUCCCACACACCAAAGGUGUGCAUGCCACUUGUUAAACUUAGUUGCCACAACAGAUGCUGACAUGGCAGAAAAGAAGAACGAUACAUACAAGAGGCUAUCACGUGCAGCCUUUGGGAAAUGCCAAGCCAUGUGGAACAAGACGGGUCGUUCAUACAUGGCAGCAGAAGUUGUGGAAGAUAAUUGCCAGCUCCAGCUCAUUCGGCCAAAUCAAACACGGUGGAAUUCAACGUUCAUGGCCGUGGAGAGAAUCAUACGGAUCAUACAAGAGAAAGGGGAGGAGGCAAUCAGGAAUGUUUGUGAAGAAUUCAAAUUGAAAAUGUUGAGUCAAGCAGAAAUUGCUUUCCUAACCGAGUAUUGCUCAGUGAUGAAACCUUUGGUAAAGGCCUUAAACAUUCUUCAGUCGGAGACCAACACACACUUAGGGUGGCUUCUUCCAGUGAUCUUUCAACUGCAAGCAAAACUCAGAAGGCAAGAGACAUCCUCCAAGUUGUGUCUACCACUCAUCAGAGCCAUUCAGGAUGGUGUCCAAAAGCGUUUUGGUGAGAUGAUGGAGGACCCCGAACUGAUUGCUGCAGCAAUACUUUUACCUAAGUUCAAAACCACCUGGACAGAGAGGCCUGAUAUAAUUGAAACAGGUCUGGACUAUGUCAGACAACACCUUGACCAGAUGGCAGUGGCUGGGGUGGAGCAAGUUGGACAACAAUCAUCAGAUGAAGAUGAUUUCUUCUCCUCAAUGAAGUCCAAAAAGUCAGAAGCACAGCAGGGGGCCGCCCAGGCCUCCAGGAGGGGCAUGACCUCCUCCGACUCAUAA